UGUUUGCUUUGCUGGAUGCUGUACGCGGGUUGUUGUGUGUCCUGGGGGCACGGGGUGUUUAAACCGGGCAGUUUACAAGGGUCUGAGAGGACAGUAGCCUGUGCGAUACRGCGGGAUCUGGUUUUCAAAAUGGAAUUGCAGCUGGYGCUCCUUUUCGCAGGGAUAAUUGCRUUUUCGGACUCGGCGAGAGGCCCCCCGAGGAUCGCCGAUAAAGUGAUUCACCGCCAGUCCGUGAGGCUGGGCAGGACCAUCAAGCUCCUGUGCCCGGUGGAAGGCGACCCCCCGCCCCUCACCAUGUGGAUGAAGGACGGACGGACUAUCCACAGYGGCUGGACGAGGUUCCGAAUCCUCCAGCAAGGGCUGAAGAUCAAGGAGGUGGAGAGCGAGGACGCGGGCACCUACAUCUGCAAAGCCACCAACGGCUUCGGCAGCACCAACGUCAACUACACCCUCAUCGUCAUCGAUGAUGCCAGCUCAGGAAAGGACAGCCAGGUGCCUGAAGGCUCCAACGGAGAGUAUGAAGAUCAUUCUGGGAAGCAGUGGGCCCGGCCCAGGUUCACUCAGCCUGCCAAGAUGAGGAGGAGGGUGAUCGCCCGCCCCGUCGGCAGCUCCAUCCGCCUCAAGUGCGUGGCCAGCGGGAACCCCCGGCCCGACAUCACAUGGCUGAAGGACAACAAGCCCCUGACCCCCCAGGAGAUUGGGGAGAACAAGAAGAAGAAGUGGACGUUGAACCUGAAGAAYCUGAAGCCGGAGGACAGCGGGAAGUACACCUGCAGGGUGUUUAACAGAGUCGGGGAAAUCAACGCGACGUACAAAGUGGAAGUGAUCCAGAGGACAAGGUCCAAGCCCAUCCUGACAGGGACACACCCGGUCAACACGACAGUGGACUACGGUGGGACCACCUCCUUCCAGUGCAAGGUCCGCAGCGACGUCAAACCCGUCAUCCAGUGGCUGAAGAGGGUGGAGUAUGGCACYGAGAGCAAGUACAACUCCACCAUCGAUGUUGGGGGGCAGAAGUUUGUCGUGCUGCCCACGGGGGAGGUCUGGUCCCGUCCAGAUGGUUCCUACCUGAACAAACUGAUGAUCACUCGAGCCAAGGAGGAGGAUGCAGGGAUGUACAUUUGCCUCGGGGCAAACACCAUGGGCUACAGCUUCCGCAGCGCUUUUCUCACAGUCCUGCCAGAUCCCAAACCCCCGAGCGCACCUGUGCCCCCUUCCUCAGCCAGCAGCCUUCCCUGGCCCGUCAUCAUYGGCAUCCCUGCCGGGGCUGUUUUCAUCUUUGGCACCAUCCUGCUGUGGCUGUGCCAGUCCAAGAAGAAGCCGUGCUCCCCUCCGGCCGCCGCCCCSGCGCACCGCCCGCAGCCCCGCGACAGGAUCUGCGUCCCGCAGCUCCCCGACAAAGACUGCAUCUCCUCCAUCAACUACGAGGAGUACGUGGCCCAGCAGCAGCAUUUACUGUCCCAGGGGCCUGCCCUGGCCCCUGCCAUGGCCUCCAAAAUGUACCCAAAGAUUUACACGGACAUCCACACCCACACCCACUCGCACGUGGAGGGCAAGGUCCACCAGCACCAGCACAUCCAGUACCAGUGCUAAGGGUUGGCCCCGUGUACAGUGGCUCUUUUGGGCUUUUCCUCGUGGUACCUCAGCAGAGACUGCUCCGAGUCAGCUCUCACUGCCAGCAGCAGGCAAAGCAGACAGAAAAGAUUAUAUAUAUAUAUAUAAUUUUAAAUAUAUAUAUACAUAUAUAUAUAAUUGUAUAUGCGUGUGUGUAUGUGUGUAUAUAUAUAUGUGUAUAUAUCUAUAUCUAUCUAUAUAAAUAUAUAUAUAAUAGAGAAAGACAGAGAGAGAAAAGAGAUUUUUUUUUUUUUUUUAAUUAUUGCAAUCAGGAUGUAGCCAAGGAAUAAUGAAGGAACUCCAAAUCACAGCAGAGGGGCAGCUGUCUCCAGCAGCAGAGCCUUCCUGGAUAUUUUAAUYGAAGUGGCAACAAGCAAGACGGGACACGGGGAUGUGAACCACCAUCUCCUUCCUUGUGUUACUGAAAAGGAGCAGAUACAGCCAGAGGUGUGUGUGGUACUUUCCUGGAUGGGCACAGCUGUUCCUGUGCCAGCUGUGCAUCCCUUGCUUUGGUGGGAWGCCCCCAGUCCUGUCCCGCUCUGGGGAACUCAAGUUCUGACGUACUUGAGGUUUAGUGUCAAAGCACCAGGAGACGUGAGCCAUUCAUCUCUUCCAGGGAGGAAAAAUAACACAAGAGGGUCUGGAAAACACAAUUUCUGUUCACAAGGUGAAAUGCCAGGUGCUUCUCAGUCAUGGUCAGCACAAUCAGCAAACCAAGCUGGUCGGUUCAGCUUCUGCAAGGUGAAGGCAUCUUGUUUCUCUUGGGAUGUUCUGCAGAUCAACUCCAAUCCCCUGGUCCCAGGACUCAGUGCCACUGCCAGGAAAAAGGAAAGAAGGAAAGAGGAACAUUGUACAGAACACCUUUAUAUUUAUAUUUAAGAAAUAAUAAUAAUUAAUAAUAAUAAUAAUUGAACUGCUGAUGGUGAAGAAAACAAAACACACUGUCCUUCUCUGAUGGCUUACAGUGAGAAGCUGCUGGAUUUUCUGCAUCAAUGCAAAGUACAUGAAAGCAUUAGAAAAAAAUAGUAAGAAGCAAAGAGAAUGAAGUAAUCUUGUAGGAAGAAAAUGCAUUUGAGAAAUACCCACCUAGGUUGUGUGUGGUUGUCCCCUUCCCUCAGAUAUCACUUCGUAAAUGAUGAAACAUUGCAGUUCAAACAACAGUAAAAAUGGAAGAGAAAAUAAAUAAGGACCAUAUUAAAUACCUAUAUGGACUGGRAAUGAAUCCAAUUGCAAAAUAUAAAACCUUUGUAAUUCUAUAUAGAGUUUAAACAGAAGUCAUGUAUAUUUAAUUUAUUUUGUUAAACAAGAAAAGAAAAAUGUAUGAUAUUUUCCUCGAAACAGGCAUUUCUAUACGUAUUUUUGAUCAAAGAAAAUAAAGAUUUUUUUUUUCAGGUUCUGUAGGUGCCAUGCUCAGAAUACACUCGAUGUAGCUUAUGACCAGCUGUGCUUCUCCUAACCUGGAGGCCACYUGUCUCUAUGCCUUUUCUCACUAGCCAGGUGUCAUCUCCUGUCACCUCAGAUGCUGCUGGUACCAUCCUGUCCAUCAGAAAUUGGCCUUUUCCAUUGUCUAUAUUCUGGCUGUGAGGAUCUGCYGUGGCCAGAUCACUUCUCAUGGACCCCAGCCAUCUUCAGCAGCAGGGAAAGCUGUUUCACUAUGCAUUUUUGGGGGGUGUGGGGAGGAUGUUUUAUUCUUUUUUUAAGCACCAAACCUGCAGUGGUUUGUUGUGGUUUUGUCUUUUUUUUUAAGAAAAUUUUGUAAAUCAAAGCAUAAUAACUUGUGAAGCUGUAAAAGGAGCUUUGGCCUCAGGGUUCUUGGAAGGGGAAAUCAUGAAAUGUGGGUGAAACACUUAAUUUGUAACUGCAGCUGCUGGAGGAGCCAGUGGAGGGUGAGCUGGGCACAGUGAGGAGAGAACACAGGAUCUGAUCCCUUUCAGUGGGGCUUGAACCUUCCUUCUGCUGCACACCACUGAGAGGCACACAGCUCUUCAGGGGCCAGAAUUUUCUUUGGAGAAGGCAGGUUUAGCAAUGCUGCAACUGUUUUCUUUUAAUUUAAAGUUUGACGGUAAAAAAAAAAAGAAAAUUUGAUGCAUGCUAGUUGUUAAGUUUGGAAUUACUUCCUGCUCAAGCCUGUUCCAUGAAAGAGAUCCUCACCAAACCAGCUGCUCCAUUUAAAAGUGAAACACUUUAUUUAAUCUGAAACAAAGCUGUGCUUUAGGCUUUGCUUUUCCCUGAACAUUUCUGAAGGUAUUUGCUCUGUGUUGACCCGCAGUGAUUUUUUUUUCUGGUGGUUUGUUUGAAUCGCCAGCAAACCAAACAGUUCCCUGUUUGCUCAGCCGUAGCGCUGUGAGAGGGGGCCCCAAUUCAGUGAAACACRUCAGAUCCUGCUUUCUUCAAUACAUUCUGCUCCAAAAAGUCCUUUUCUUACCUUGGGAGUAGGUUAUCCAUGUAAUAACCCCUMGAGGAAGACCAUCCCUCGUGGUGCUCCUCCUGCAGAGGUUGUAAUAAAGCAGCACAUUGAAAACUAUUAUUUCUUUUUCAGCAGGAGGGUUCAGUUAAACCUUGUUAAUAUGAAUUUAUGAAAUCCUAAAAGCUAAAUUCAGAUUAAGGGUAUCUUCAUAUGCAUUCUCUCAUCCUCAGGGAGAGCUGAGAGGAGUUUAAAUGUGAGCACUGAUAUAAAUGUGUGCACUUACAUCCAUAUGAGGCAUGGAUGUAAGGCAUGGUUUGGGCAGGAGUUAUUAAUGGCUAUAGUAUGUUGAGUCAUUUAAUUAAAAAGAAUAAAUUUAAAAAACUCUGUACACUAAGGGCAUCACAUUUGUUUCAGGAAGAGAGUUUGUUUCCAUGAGAGAUACUAAGGGCUACCUCUCAUACCUUGUGCCUGUGGGAAGAUGCUCACUCCACUAUGGUGUGUCCCAGGCUCCUGCACAUUCCAGCAGCAUUAGGGACAUGGCAAAGGGCAGAAUUCCCUGUGAGCCCGUGCCCUUCUCUGCUCUCUGGGCCAGAGGAGACGCUUCUAACCCGUGCUGUGAGUGGUACUGACUCCAACUUCAGAGGUGGAAGUGAACACUGAGCUCU